CGGAGUGCCGGAUAGAUUAUAAAUUUUUCCAUUCCAAUUCAGUUUGACUUUUAUUGCCGGCGUCAUAAAACAAGCAUUUGCAAAACAUUUUUGCGAUAAGACAGUCAUUUUUUUAAAGAAAAAGAAAUCAUCUCAGUUUGGAAAAUGUCUUUAAAAGUGCCGAACGUGAAAUUCAACAAUGGAAAUGAAAUUCCGAUUUUCGGUUUAGGAACUUGGAAGUCCAAGCCUGGGGAAGUAACGCAAGCUGUCAAGGACGCUAUUGAUAUUGGUUAUCGGCACAUUGAUUGUGCCCACGUUUAUGGAAACGAGAAAGAAGUUGGCGAGGCGAUCAAGGCAAAAAUUGCCGAGGGAGUUGUAAAAAGAGAAGAUCUCUUUAUCACAAGCAAAUUAUGGAAUACUUAUCAUAAACCAGAACUCGUUGAGAUUGCCAUUAAAAAAACCCUUAGCGAUCUUGGUUUAAAUUAUUUGGAUCUCUAUCUCAUUCACUGGCCGUUUGCGUACAAAGAUGGUCCUGAAAAUUUCCCCCAAACCGCCGAGGGCAAACCAUUUAUUGACGAUUCCGUUGAUUAUCUUGAUACCUGGAAAGGAAUGGAAGGCGUUUUUGAAAAGAAAUUGACAAAAAAUAUUGGAAUUAGUAACUUUAACUCUGAACAGAUUGAGAGAUUGUUGAAAAAUUGUAAAGUUAAACCAGUUACGAAUCAGGUCGAAUGUCAUCCGUACUUGAUUCAAAGGAAAUUGGCAGAUUUUUGCAAAGCAAAUGGAAUUGCAAUUACAGCGUACUCUCCACUAGGAAGUCCAGAUCGUCCUUGGGCGAAGCCAGAAGAUCCCAAACUCAUGGAGGACAAAAAAUUACUGGAACUUGCGAAAAAAUACAAUAAAUCUCCAGCGCAAGUUUUAAUUCGUUAUCAGAUUGAUCGUGGACAUAUCGUUAUUCCAAAAUCAGUCACAAAAUCACGCAUUGCAGAAAAUACUAAAGUAUUCGAUUUCAAAUUGAAUGACGACGAUAUUGCUUACAUCGAUACAUUUGAAUGUAACGGCAGAAUUUGUCCUAUGUUCGGAUGCGAAAAAGGAAAGCACUAUCCAUUCAAUAUUCCAUUCUAGAAACACCGAUCUUAGAAUAAUGGUGCUAAAAUCGAUUAUAAUUAUUUCUUAGAUUUAAUAAUUUUGCACAGUAGAAAUUCUUAAAUAUUUUUCACAUUGCUUUAUUUUUUCACACUGUGAUUAAAAUAGUCAAAAUAUUCUAAAAUAGAAAUCUGUUGAAAUAAUAUAAAUAAAUUUCUAUUAUUAUUAAAAA